GCCUGUCAUCCUUGGGCGGUCGGGCGGGCUCCAAGCCAAAUGAUCAGGAACACCUGCUGCUUUUCUGGGCGUCGCACCCUCCACUUCCCGGCGGUUCAGGCGCCCAGCCGCCCCGCACUUGGGGGGGAGGGGAGAAAGGAGCCAAGACGAAGCCGACCAAUAGGACACGAGAUUUUGCCAAGGGCUCGCCCCCGAAGCAGUCGACUGGCGGAAGUCAAAUGCUCCGCAAGGGCUCAUGGUCGCCUGGGGGCGGCGGGAAAGCCGGGGCGGGGCGGAGUAAGAGAUGGGGACUCGAGGGAACGCCAUGGAAUUGCACCCGGCCAGGUUAAGCAUCACCUCGACAGAGAUACCCAGUGAUGCGGAGCAACAGCGACGGGGACGUAAGGCGGCUCCCAGCCCGGUGACCAGCGCAGAGAACACCAUGGCUGAGCAGGUGGCCCUGAGCCGGACACAGGUGUGCGGCAUCCUCCGGGAAGAGCUGUACCAGGGCGAUGACUUCCACCAGUCUGAAACGCACAUUUUCAUCAUCAUGGGCGCCUCGGGCGACUUGGCAAAGAAGAAGAUCUACCCCACCAUCUGGUGGCUGUUCCGAGAUGGCCUUCUACCUGAAGCCACCUUCAUCGUGGGCUUUGCCCGCUCGCGCCUCAGCGUGGCCGAUAUCCGCAGACAGAGCGAACCCUUCUUCAAAGCCACCCCCGAAGAGAAACAGAAGCUGGAAGAGUUCUUUGCCCGCAAUUCCUAUGUGGCCGGCCACUAUGACGACCCUGCCUCCUACCAGCACCUCAACAGCCAUGUGAACGCCCUUCACCAGGGCUCCCAGGCCAACCACCUCUUCUACCUGGCCCUGCCCCCCACCGUCUAUGAGGCGGUCACCAAGAACAUUCGUGAGACCUGCAUGAGCCCCACGGGCUGGAGCCGCAUCAUUGUGGAGAAGCCCUUCGGCAAGGACCUGCAGAGUUCUGACCGCUUGUCCAACCACAUUGCCUCGCUGUUCCGGGAGGACCAGAUCUACCGCAUCGACCACUACCUGGGCAAGGAGAUGGUCCAGAACCUCAUGGUGCUGAGGUUUGCCAACAGGAUCUUCAGUCCCAUCUGGAACCGGGACAACAUCGCCUGUGUGAUCCUCACCUUCAAGGAGCCGUUUGGCACUGAGGGCCGCGGCGGCUACUUUGAUGAGUUUGGAAUCAUCCGGGAUGUGAUGCAAAACCACCUGCUUCAGAUGCUGUGCCUGGUGGCCAUGGAGAAGCCCGCCUCCACCGACUCAGACGACGUCCGGGAUGAAAAGGUCAAAGUCUUGAAGUGUAUCUCUGAAGUGAAGGCUGAGGAUGUGGUCCUGGGGCAGUAUGUGGGGAACCCCAGCGGAAAAGGGGAAGCCACAAAAGGAUAUCUGGACGAUCCCACGGUGCCCCGCGGCUCCACCACAGCCACCUUCGCUGCUGUCGUCUUAUAUGUUGAGAACGAAAGGUGGGACGGUGUGCCCUUCAUCCUGCGCUGUGGCAAGGCCCUGAACGAGCGCAAGGCCGAGGUGCGGCUGCAGUUCCGAGACGUGGCCGGUGAUAUCUUCCACCAGCAGUGCAAGCGCAACGAGCUGGUGAUCCGCGUGCAGCCCAACGAGGCCGUGUACACCAAGCUGAUGACCAAGAAGCCCGGCAUGUUCUUCAACCCCGAGGAGUCAGAGCUCGACCUGACCUAUGGCAAUAGAUACAAGAACGUGAAGCUUCCUGACGCCUAUGAGCGCCUCAUCCUGGACGUCUUCUGCGGGAGCCAGAUGCACUUCGUGCGCAGUGACGAGCUCCGGGAGGCCUGGCGCAUCUUCACCCCGCUGCUGCACAAGAUUGAGCGCGAGAAGCCCAAGCCCAUCUCCUACAUUUAUGGCAGCCGAGGGCCCACAGAGGCAGACGAGCUGAUGAAGAGAGUUGGCUUCCAGUAUGAAGGCACCUAUAAGUGGGUGAACCCUCACAAGCUCUGAAGACCUGCUCCCCAACCCCGGCGCCUGUGCCUCCCUCAGUUCAGUAGGACUUGGGGAUCAGGCAUCAACCUCACAUUCCCCAACCCACUGGGCUCAGCCUUGAGCUCCCAAUACAUUCCAAAAUUCAGGCUGUAGGCAAGGACCUUCCUGUGGGACCCCAUCCAUUGUUCCCAGGGCCCAGGACAGAAGUCAAAGAUAGUGACACCACCAGGAAGCUAUGGGCUUACCCAUCCCCCCUUAGAAAGGAGGAGAUCCAAUCUCUUGAGAACAUGCUGCGGCACCACUAGACAUUCCAGCACACUCCUGAAAGCCAGCAGCUAGUCCCCUCCCCACUCCCCCCCUGCCAUUAAAGCCACAUGCCACA